AUGUCAGCCAUCCCGAUCGUAGUCUGUGGCAGAAACCCAAACAUCGCAAAGGCCGUUCGCGAGGGCGUGGAACCAGAAUACGAUGUAAUCCACAUCAACCUGUCCGUCGAAGAAGCAAUCAUCUCCAUCCCUCACAUCAUCUUAUCCAGGACACCAGCCAACCCUACCCCCAACAUCGGCUCCAUGAACUACGGCCAGCGCCCUGCUGCUGUGGCUCUUGGAGGCGGCUUUAACGACGAGAUGUUUGAGCAGAUUAAAGCCUCUUGUGGGGAUGAGAAGAUGGUUUGGGUGCGCACGGAUAUCACGAGAAAGGAUGAGAUGCCGGAUUUCAAUGAGCAUGAGGCGUACGGGAAGGCGACUGCGCAGCGGUUGAAGAAGUGUUUGGAUGGGUUGAAGGUUGGGAAGGAGGGUGGGGAGACGGAGGGGAUGUACUGGUUUUGA